UGAGGGGGGAUCCGUUUUAUCCUCACUUAGGUGGUGGAGAACGUCGUUGUAUUAAAGGCUAGAGCAGUAGAGCUUGUUGGGUUUUUUGUUUGCUUUUUGGGCUAAAAGUAAAGUUUGAGAAUGCCUCGUGUAUACGUAGGCAGGCUGAGCUAUCAUGUCCGUGAAAAGGACAUCCAGAGGUUUUUCAGCGGCUAUGGAAAGCUGUUGGAGAUUGAUUUGAAGAACGGGUACGGGUUUGUGGAGUUCGAGGACACCCGUGAUGCCGACGACGCUGUGUAUGAGCUGAAUGGCAAGGAGCUGUGUGGAGAGCGCGUGGUCGUCGAGCAUGCCCGGGGACCUCGCCGGGACCGCGAUGGAUAUGGUGGGGGUUCUUGGGGUUCUGGGCGCAGUAGUAGUGGUUACAGCAGCCGAAGCCGCUCCGGCAGAGACAAAUACGGACCGCCCGUCCGCACGGAGUAUCGGCUCAUCGUGGAAAACUUGUCCAGUCGAUGCAGCUGGCAGGACCUCAAGGACUUCAUGCGCCAGGCCGGUGAGGUGACCUAUGCCGACGCCCACAAGGAACGGACAAACGAAGGUGUGAUUGAGUUCCGCUCCUACUCCGACAUGAAGAGGGCCCUCGACAAGCUGGACGGCACCGACAUCAACGGAAGGAAAAUCCGUCUGGUGGAGGAUAAACCCAAACGGCGUCGCUCGUAUUCUGGCAGCAGGUCCAGGUCCCGCAGCCGACGCCGCUCUCGCAGCAGAAGCCGUAGGAGCAGGAGCUCACGAAGCCGAUCAAGGUCUCGCUCUCGCUCUCGUUCCCACAGCAAGCGCCGCUCCCACUCCAGAUCCAAGAGAAAGUCCCGCUCCAAGUCUCCAGCAAAAUCCCGCUCCAAGAAGUCCCGCUCUCGUUCUCGCUCCCGGAAGUCCCACAGUCGCUCUGCGAGCCGGAAAUCGCGCUCCAAGAGCCAUUCGAAACCCCGGUCUGAGCGUGGGUCUCGCAGCCGUUCCAAGGAGAAGUCUGUGAGCAAGAAAUCACGCAGCCGCUCGGCCUCACCAAUGGAGAACGGCGACAAGAAAUCUGUCUCUCGCUCUCCUUCUCCGCACGAGGAUCGCCACCGUUCCAAGUCGCCCUCAAAGCGUUCUCCGUCUCGCUCUCCGUCCCGGUCCAAAUCUCGCUCACGCUCCAGAUCUGCCUCGCAGGACUGAGGCUGGAAUCCUGUUUUGUAGCUCUGAAAGGCAGCACUUCAUACAAGAGUGCAUCACAUUUAAAUCAGUUCAUACACGUUUGUGAUAUUGCAUGAGAACUAAAGGGCUGAACUGUAAAUAUCAAAUGGGUACCAGAUUUGUAAAUGAAUCCUCAGUAGACUUUUUUUUUU